GCUGCAUUAAAACAUUUCAUUUUCAUUCCUCAUGAUUUUCAUAGAAGUCCAGUGUUGCCCCAGUUAAGAACUACUGCUGUCAUGAACCGGGUUUGUAAGUGAGGGAAGAAUGAGAGAUAUACAGGACAAGGAAUUUAUGCCGUGUGAUAAGGACGAAAAUAACUCCCAGGCUACCCGAAGGUUCCGAUCAGCGCAGUGAACAGGGAGCAGGCAGAUGGGACACCGAUCGUAGAAUGGUUGCGUGGCGGAAAAGGGGAGCGGGGCAGUAGGAAGGGCUGGGGGAAUAACUGCUGCGGCCGAGCGGGCGUAACCAGGACUCUUUCCCGUAUUCGCCGUGAGCUAAACGGGGCGGGUCUAAGGUCUCCGAUCCGCGCCUAAGAAACCACCGGUUAGCGCCGCGGGGUUUAAUGGAGGCCUGUGAUUGAAUGCUAACUUUCUUUAAUAGGACCAGUAGGAAUACUAUUGAAAAUGGACAGCAGCAGUGACAAUCUCACGCAGGAAAUUGUGCCGUGCCUUUUCAUCAGCGUCCGUCAUCCAGGAAAAAAGGAAGAAGAAGAAGAUGUUUUCAGCUUUAUAAAGUUUAAUGAGCCACAAAAGUACGAAGCUCAUGAGAUGGUGACUGUGGGCAGGAAGAACACUUGCAGCAUUCAGCUAAACCAUGGAAGAGUUUCCAGGUUGCAGUUUCAGAUUCAAGCGUUUCUCACCGCUCACAGUUCAGAACUUCAGUUUGAGUUAAAAAAUCUAAGUAACAGGUUUGCACUCUCUAUCAAUGGUCGUAAACUGAGCUACCUAGAAAAACAGCUGCUGCCUUCAAAAUCUGUACUGCAGUUUACUGAUUUUCAAUUUUAUUUGGAACAAGUAGGAGGUGAUUCAGUAUCCAAGUUUGAAGUUGUGAUUAAGAAGGACUCCCCUUCAUUUUCUCAGGUGACAGACAACAAGUAUCUUUUUCAGACUGUAAUGUCUUCUCCUAAUUUUCAGCACGAUCCACGGGAACCAAUGGAAGUUGGUGAAGAUCUUGACCAAUACAUGUUUUUAUAACAGGAUACUGGUCACUUUGCCCUGCUGGACAAAACUCCAAAACUCCAGGAAACAAAGUUGAAUAAAAACAAUAGCGAGAUGUAGCUUUAUAUAAGGGAUAAGGGAUCCAACAUGAAGUUAACAAAGUGCAUAUAAUUAAUGUUAUGGCAACAUAAUUUAAAACCUGAUAAAUUUACUGUUUAAAUUUAUAAGAUAUAUAUCUCUUGAGAUAAGCAGUUUCAUAUUUGCUCAGUAAGUAAAAUAAGAAUCCUAAUGUGUAAGAAGUCAUAAUCACUAAGCCAUUAACCACUGUUCUGUUGAGCCAUGAUAACUUACUUGGACUGCCUUGUAUGUUGUACUAUGUACGUGAAUUUUAGUUUUCAUUUGUAGUCCUUUCAGUAGAAUUUACGCUACAUUUACUUGUAUGAUCCUUUAAUGUUACAAUAUACUCUGAGAUAAGCAGUUUCAUAUUUGCUCAGUAAGUAAAAUAAGAAUCCUAAUGUGUAAGUCAUAAUCACUAAGCCAUUAACCACUGUUCUAUUGAGCCUUGAUAACUUACUUGGACUGCCUUGUAUGUUGUACUAUGUACGUGAAUUUUAGUUUUCAUUUGUCGUCCUUUCAGUAGAAUUUACCCUACAUUUACCUGUAUGAUCCUUUAAUGUUACAAUAUACUUUUAUCAG